UUUUUAAAAUCAUUUCAGGGAUUCAAUUAAUCGGGACCGAAUUCGUAAACCAGGGUAACCGUAUAAUGUUACUGUGUAAUGUCACCGGAAUUCUCCAAGCACCGGUUGAUGUUGAUUGGUUCUUUAAAGGAGAAAGAAUAAUAACUUCUUUAGCCCAUUGGAAGGAUCGGACUCAAAUACUUCGUCGAACAAGGGGAAAGAUGUAUAUAAGUGAAUUAAUUGUAGAGAGAAGUACUUUACAUGAUAAAGGAAUAUAUGUAUGCAGAAGCUCUGGAAGUUCCAUUGAGGUUGACAGUAUUACUGUAAAUGUCUUAAGUGCCAACAAACCUAACGUGAGUCGAAGAGAGAAAGAAAACAUUUCACAGCCUGAUCGUAGUAACUCAGCAGCGGUUGUAAUCAAUCAUUCCAGCAUGAUAUAUAUAUUGACCUUAAGUAUAUGUGUAAUAAUUGCAUUAACCUCAUCAAACAGUUGUACUUACUUUCCAACACGAAUAUUGUCCACCUAUCAAGGUCCUGUUUUAAAUUGUGACAACUACGCGCACAGGUGAAACUGUGAAAAGAAUACACAGCUUGCUCGUGCCUUACAUUCCAAUAUUCGAUUACAGCGAUCGCCAUUCUAAUCUUCGUGAUACAUCUUAAAGCUGAUAGUAGACGGUUUUCGAAAAUGUUUCAGCAACAGUUGUUUCUUUUAAUGUUGUAAACCAUUACAUUUGGAUGAGGGACGAAUUUGUAUGAUGAAACUGACGAUAAGAAACUAUGUGUUACAUUCAUUUGUUUAAUUAGCAGAAACACUACAGACAGUUACGCACAGUUGUAAUAUUGUGUGGUUAAAUAUUGGCACAUUCGUUCAUUCAAAAUGACAAGAAUUCCAAAAUGAGUUUAUCCUGUUUGAGAAGUGUUUGAAGACUCUUGAUAAAACAAAAGCAUAAUGUAACAAUUACAAAGCUUUGAAAUCCCUGUGAAACCUAAAAAAUCAUAUAUAGUUGGUUGGAGCAUGUGGUUAUUAAGAUAUAUGCGAACGUGUUUUAAAAUAAGGUGCAUUUUGGUCUGCUAGUGUUGAAAAAAAUGUAAAUUGCUUUAGAACCUGUGACACAAUCAUAAUGAGUUGUGUACGCGUUUGAGAAAAUACAUAGACUGAUAUAUUCAAUAACAAAGACACUUAAGAGCAAGAACAUUGCAACAUGUAAUGGGUGUUCAGUAAUAAGGCGGAUUAAAGGAAAGCCUAUUCUUUUCUUUGGACGAUGAGAGCUCAACGGUUGUGAUAACGUUAUUUCUUUAUUUGGAAUGUAGAUACAAAAACAAUUUUUUUACUCUAGUAUUUUUCACUUUGUACAUGUUAUUGUUAUUGACAAACUUAAAGGUUUUCUUUUUUCAUUUUCAUAUACUAUUCUGUAGGCAUAGCAUAUAUCAUUUAUAAUGUUAUGUUUGAUGUUGAAUACUUUUGCAUUGACAUACAUAACUGUGAAUUUGAUGAAGUGCCAAAUAUAAUAAUUUUAUUUAAAAGAAAAUCGAAAAGGUUUGUAUUCAAACGCUAUGAUAUAGGUUUAUUUAACUCACACCCACAAGACACAACAGAGAGAGAGAUAUAAAACUAAAAACGUCAUAAACGACGUUAUUGAAAAUAAUGCAGACUCGGUUUGAUUUGGCCUGUUUAUGGUCGCAUACGAGAUAAUUAAGUACUUAAACUUCACAAAUAAUUACAAACAAUUAAGGACUAUGUUAACGUGUUACAUUUGUUGAUUUAUUGAAUGACUGAACACUUUAAUUCUUUAAUUUGCUAAUAACUUUAGUUAUCGUUAUGUGUUUGAUAAUGUCUUUUCAAUAUGCCAUGUAAAAUUUCUUUGUUUUCCAUUUUACUACAUCCAGAUUAAUUUACAUUAUUUACUUGCUUUAUAUGUACAGAUGUUGCAUAAAAAAGACAACAAAAAAUGAAGAACAAAAUGAACAUUUUUUUUCUAUAAGAAAAAAAUCUAACUUGUGCAUGGACUAAAGUGGUAAAUUUUGCAAGCAAUACUUGUUUAUUAUACAUUUUAAGAUAGUUGCUGUUCUUCUCUAAAAUUGCAUUUAAUAUGUCCUUGACACAAAAAGUAUAGUGUCUAAGCAGGUCAGCAAAAUAGCUGAUAAGUUAGUAAUUAAUUGAACUGCUAGAAUUAAUGAUUGCUACUACAUAAAUGUAUUAUGUUUUUUUUGCUUCACAAAUGAGAGCUUGAACUAUAGCAGAGUGGCAGAUGUGCAUUGCAAAAAUGAUAUUCAGAUACUUACAUGGGUCAGUGAAUCUUAUAUGUUUUAUUACAUAUAAAGAAAGUCCACCACUUGUUACUUUUCAUGGGUGAUAAUGGAUCUAGAAAAGUUUGCAUAAUCAUUUUAUUAUUCAAUUGUUACAUUUUGUUCAAGAAUAUAUAUAUGUAUCAUUUAUCAUGUAUUUGAUAUUACAAAUUCUAAAUAAAAUAUGUAAAUACG